AACUCUAGGAUUGACAUGAAGAGGCACAAGAAGUCUUAAAGACGGUCAUGUACUUUGACAGAAUGUUUCCUUCUCUGGAGAUGCAAGAAAUGCUGGAAAGCGAGCAGCGCUGUUACGCACCGUCUGAACAGCGCGAGAUUCCUGUCUCAGGGCCUUCUAGUCCAACAUCGGCUGAGUCCGAGCUCAGCUGCUCCAGUCCGGAAACCAAACCGACAGCGGAAGGUCGAGUGAGGAGACCUCUGAACGCAUUCAUCAUCUGGACUAAAGAGGAACGCAGACGUCUUGCGCAGCUCAACCCAGAUCUGGAAAACACCGACCUGAGUAAAAUACUUGGUAAGACCUGGAAAGCCAUGUCUCUGGCAGAGAAACGUCCGUACAUGCAGGAGGCAGAAAGACUGAGGGUCCAACACACUAUUGACCAUCCCAACUACAAAUACCGUCCCAGGCGGCGCAAGACCAACAAACGUGCUACCAAGAUGCCUUCAAGUGAAACCAACAUCUCACCCAACUUCCACAACUUUAGCUAUAUGGUCCAGAAUCAAGAUAUUCAAUAUCCAUAUACACACUCACACAUGCUGCCAAACUCGUAUUCACAUGCAUAUGGUCCCAGUUUCCAGCAUCAUCCUGCCCCAUCACAGAAUGGUGCAGCAUUUACAAAUAGAGGGUUAACGUUUCCAGAUGGAGCAGUGCUCUUAAACUCGUCUUUAACAUGCCCACAGCAGUCUGUGUACUCAGCAGAACCCCAGCUGUACUACAGUUCCCAGCAUACAGUUCAGCAGAGAAGUGAGCAGUGGGAUUUGCGAGGGGCAGAAGUGUGUGCUUGUGUCCUGUGCUCAGGCAGGCCAUCGCUAGAAUUUUAUCUGGAACAGGUACGAGUGGACAUGCUUGACCAGCUGGACCGCAGUGAGUUUGACCAGUACCUGAAUCCUGUCCAGCCUAAAGACCAACACUUCCAAUAAACACCACAAAGCAAACAACUUAUGUGUUAUAACCCAAGAGACUAUGCAAUAGGUCAAACCACAAACUUUUCUGUUGCUCCUGAAAAUGAGAUUUUUUUUUUUUCAAAAUGUUGUGACUAUGUAUAUAAAUAUUUGUAUUUAUUUAUGAAGUUUAGGAGUAAACUGACUCUCACUGUCAAUGUGGACUCUAGAAAAUCCAUUAUCUUAUUCUAAGAUGUGUCAUCUACCUCACUUUAAAUCAUUUAAACGUUGCUGCUCUUUUGUUACAGAC